CUUGGCUUCCGUCAUUGGGUUGAAGUGAAAAAGCUAUUUCCAAUGUCGUAACUCCACAGUUUCAGUUUCAGUUUCACACCCGAAAUCAAACACUUUCACUUUCACUUUCACUUUCACGUUGUUCCAUUGAUUCCUCAAAAGCACACACACGUUUGUCUGAUGUCUCAGGUGGGGUUUCAAAAGUCGUAUAACUAACUGGACUUUGUGACUGUGAGGAUGGUUUUGAUAAGUGGAACUGGAAACAACAAAAAUGUUUUGCAACAAACACAUGAUGAGAGGGCCAAAGCACAAGGUGGUAUGGUGGUGAACAAUUCACACCAGCAAGGAAACAGGAGUGUUGAAAGUGGGCGUACACAGAAUUUGUCCAACACAGGGUUGAUCAAAGAAAUGACAAGAAUGGAUGAAUUCAAGUACGGGUUUCCUUCAGAAAGCUUAUCAACUACCUCAAAUAAAUGGUGGGGAAGUAGUGAUCAUGGCGAUUCUACUGGCACCAACCCAGGCACAGCCAAGAGUCAACCUGAAGAAAGAGGAGGGGAAGCAGAAAAGGUGCCGUGUAAAACUGGAAACGCUGAAAACAGUGAAACUACUCAAGGUUCAUCUUUACUAACAGAAGAAAAUGUGGCGUGUAAAACUGGAAACGCUGAAAACAGUGAAACUACUCAAGGUUCGUCUUUACUGACAGAAGAAAAUGUGGCGUGUGAAACUGGAAACGCUCAAAACAGUGAAACUCCUCAAGGUUCAUCUCUAUUGACAGCUGUAAGGAAAAGGGCUGUGGAAGAAGGAAGGGAAGCAUUUAAAUUAGGUGUUUUUCGGGGCUACGGUGUAAACAAGCUACGCAAAAGGGAGAAAAUAUUGCUCCACCAAAUAUUCAAAUCUUCAUUGCCAAGGUCGUGGAUACAUGACUUGUGAUUUGGGACCAUGUAAUUCUGCAUGGCUCAAUUCAGAUUCUGAUUGCUGCAUUGAAUGUUAAUCAACUUCAUGAGAUUGUUCCUUCUUCUUUUCUGAAUGCUGUGGUUUUAUCCUCCUAGUUCACUAGGACUGGUGUUUGGAGCUAAAUGACAUGUGACUCUUAUUCCUAUUCACUUCCUGACACUUCUUUAUUAAAAGGCUAAUGAUAUUGCAGUGAGAGAUCAAGAGGACAAA